UUCCUUCAUCUUACAGCGGAUUAUUUCGACAGACUGGUGGACGGAACCGCCGAACCGGGGAUGAGAAAAACAUGUUAAUAAUUUUCAAUAUUUAGUCACAGUAUGCUCAAUAGGUAUUGCAACUUGGUGGAAUUCGGAAGAAAAUUAAAUUUGCACUACUAAUAUUGCUAUUAGUCACUUAUUCACUUUCUAAUUGUUUUUCCCAUUCAGCAAUAAAUAUGUUUGCUUCAAUGUUUAAAUCACUUCUUAAUAAAUCUGUUAUUGAUGCUAAGAAGGAAACAACUGCGGUGGACUCUGAAACAGUUAAAAUUACUAAAAAAGAUGUCGAAGAUAUGCUAACUGGAUUGGAUGAGAUCAAAGAUAAUUCAGAUAAUGAUGAUAAUUGUUCCGCGACAAAGGAUAAUGUUACUGAAGCUAUUGAGUUAUUGUCUAUCACUGAUAACCAUCCAUUGAUGGAAUAUUUAAAUGAUAGUGCUACAUUUGACAAUUUUGAUGACACUAAAAGUGAAGUUAGCUCUAUUGGAGAAAAUCAACUAGAAAUUCCUGCAGUUGAGGAUCCCAAUAUAAAAAAAACGUUGAACCAAAUUAAUAGUCUUCAGUGCUUAUUUACGUGGAACAUAAAAUCAAAGAACAAGAAAAAUUUAAUUUUAUACAUCCGGAAUAAGUAUGGAGAUUAUAACUUAAAUAUAACUUCAUCUGAAUUUACAUUAGAAAGGUUUAUAGGUAACAUAAUUAUUUCUUAUGAACUAUUUCAUAAAGGUGAGUCCGAAUUAGCCCAAAUGAAAAUAUUGGAAAUUGGGACUUGGCUUGAAGAUUUAGAUAAAGGUACUGAUGAGUUUUAUUUAUCUAUUAAAACUGGUCUUCUACAUGUUAUGAAGGCAACUUUCAUUCAUAUGUUAUUUGCUACUAAUCUUACUGGAGAAUGUAAAUGGUUAUUAGAUGAUAUUGAAUCAUUUGCCAAUAUGGAUCCUAAAUCAAGAGCAUCUGUACAUGCAAUACGUGCAGCUGUCUUAAUUGAAUAUGGUGGAAAUCUUAUCUAUUUAAAAAAAGCUUGUGAGGUGGCAAAGAAAGCAUGUGAUUUAGAUCCUAAAACUGCUUAUUGGUUUUAUAUUUAUUCACUUGCAUUGACAGCUCAAAGACAAUUCUCUCAGUCACCUAAAUCAACUCCAGCUGAAAAUGAAAUGAAUACAAUUCAUCAAGCGAUUGUUUUGUUUAAUGGAAAAAAUGCUCUUUUCAAUUACCAUAAAAUGGUUCUAUAUAGAGAUACUAUAGUUGGAAAUUAUCAUAAUAAUAAAAAUAAAAAUGAUAAAUCCUUUUUAAAUAAAAAUCUAAAAGAAAACAAAAAAAUUGUUCAUAUGAUUAAAACCAUAGUAAGCAUGAAUCCAAAAGACCCUCACUUGAUAGUUAAGUGUGCUAGAAUAUUAAUGACUCUUCCAAUUAUGGUUCGUGAUUUUAAUUUGGGAAAACAAUAUUUGACAAAAGCCUUUGAAAUGGCACCAAAUGAUGCCACUGUCUUACAAGCAAUUGAGAAUACAGUUCAAGCAUAUAAAGCUAUUUCAAAUAAACAGAAACCUAAAACAAGUGUAACAAAACAAAAUCAACCUCCGAUGAAGAAUAAGGCAUCAAAAUUAGGAAUAGAUUUAGGGCUUAUAGUGAAAAAACAAAGAAAUGGAGAAGAUCCUGUCCCUUACCUAACUAAUUUGCUUUCUAAAUAUGAUGGACUCGAUAAAUCAAAAAUUAUGGCUCAGCUUUGUUCUUAUACAAUAUUAUUCAAAAGCAACCUAAGAUCUGGUGUUGAACAGUUUAUUAAGUUGAUUGAACAAUCAGAUAUUGUCAAUAAUGAUAUAAUUACAAAACAUUUUUCAUCAUUUGGUUCAAAAUCAUUUAAUUUAUCAGAGCUUAUUUGUAACGAAAUUAGAUUGGCCACAAAUUUAAGUGGCACUUCUUCUGAUGAUUUACUGUAUUACUGUAAAAUGUUAACUAAAAUCAUAGAAACAUGUAAUUUAAAAAUGAAAGAUGUUGACUCAUCUAUGAAAAGCAAGCUCAUGGUUGAUUCUUCAGUUAAAUCUACAUUUUCAAGUACAUCAGUGCGAAGUGAAACUGAAUCAUCAGAUAAUGAGAGUAUUAAUAAAAAUAAACCAAAAAAAAAUCAUAAGGCAAAGCACUUGCAAAAGACAGGCCCUAAAGUUUUUACACACAAUGUUGAAUUGAACAAAGACGCAAAAGUUACAAUUAAUGCCAAUUCUAAAAAUAAUAAAAAUGAUUCAAAAAAACCGCAAAAUAAAAAACCGCAGCCAAAAGCAAAUGAUGUUAAUCAAAUGAAAGUUAAAAUUGCAAAAGUUUUAAAUUCUUCUCACGGAGAAGGGGCUGCACUAUCCAAUAAAUCAAAGGAUAUGACUAUAGAUGAUAAUUUAGCAAUGCGGCAAGGAAUACAACGUUACACUCAGCAGUUAUAUCAAAAUAUUUUAGCCAACACUCAGACACGUUUUAAUUCACCUAAUGUAUCUUCUACUGAGCUUAAUAGCUAUUUUAAUCAAAACCAUGCAAAUUUUUGUUCACCAAUUCAAUCAAAUCCAUUUCAGAAUCCAUCUACAACACCAUUACUUAGUCUAAGACCCCAACUAAGUCCACAAAAUCCAAAACCUAAACCAAAAACAAAUUUUGUUCAGUAGCAUUCAAAAAAAAAAUGAGUUGAGUUUAUUUUUGUUUUUAAUUUUUUUUCCCUAAAA